AUGGAAGACAUGAGGAGAUGCUUAGAAAGGCAAGAGCGAGAAAUAAAUGAGAGAAGCCGUAGACGAGUUGAAAGGCAAAGGUUACAGAGAGAAGAAGAUGAACAAGUUGUCAUAGCAGUGGUUUUGCUUGAUGAAGAGAACCAAGGUCGCUGCUGUGGUUCACAAGUCAGCCGUGGCCCGAAUGUCGACAGACAUAGAUAUUCUCGGGAUAAGAAUCUUUUGGAAGAUUAUUUUAUCCCAACUUCUUUUUAUGAUGCAUAUUUUGUUCAAAAGUGUGAUGCUGCUGGGGUUUUGGAACUUGUUCCGGAGCAAAAGCUUACAACUGUUAUACGAAUGUUGGCAUAUGGAUCAUUUGCUGAUCAUGUGGAUGAGAUUGCCCGGAUGGGGAAGUCCAUUACGUUGGAGGCCUUGGUAAGAUUUCGUGAUGCAGUCGAAACUCUGUACACUAGGGACUACCUGCACAGACCUACGCCCAAGGACCUUUAA